AUGGUUGAGCUGGAGCGGAGCUUGAUGAGCCGACUGCGUGAGGGCGAAUGGGUUCCGGCGCUGGCAUCUAUGGACCAGGAGGACUUCCUGGGCGUGGCCGAAGCUUUGGAGCGGCUGCAGGCGCUGGAGCCGCUGCUGGGCUGCUGGUGUCUGGCGCGGAAGGACCUCAUGGCCAGGCCCCUGGAGCUACUGCUGAGGCACGGCUUCGCCCAGUCCGUGGCGAGAAGUCCAGGCGCAUUGGCCUACAUCGCCAGCGGCCAAUUCCUAUCUCGGGCUGAAGCGUCUUUUCCGCUGCUGCUGCUUGCAGAGCGACCGUUCCUGGAGGCGCUGCUGCGGUGCCAGCGAUGGGAACUCACAGAGCCGCAGGUCUUGCAGCUGCUGGGCGAGGACGCGCUGAUGCCGCUGACGCAGCUGCCAUCGCUGAAGAGUGCGCUGCGGCAGAGGCGGUUCAGUGCGGAGGUGGGGCGCGCGCUGGAGCCGUUCCCGCGGCUGCUGGAGGACUUGCUGGAUGCCUGGUUUGGCGACGACGCGGAGGUGCGGCCUGAGGACUUGGCCGCCUGGGCGCGCUGCGCGCGCUUCCGGCGCAGCGCGCUGCCGCGCCACCUGGCGCGGCUCAGCUUCCAAGGCCUCGGCCGCUUCGUGGCCGCGGGCGCGGGCGACGCGGGCGACGCGGGCGAGAGCGGCGAGGCGGAAGCCCGGGAGGUCUUGCAGGUGAAGCGAGACGAAGUCUAUCAGAGCCUCUUCCGAGCGACGCCGCUUGUGGCCGCCCCGUGGUUUCGGGACGCCGGCGUGAUGCACCUGCUGUGGCAAAAGCAGGUAAUGGCUUGGUACCACGUGACCGGCGUACUCUCGUGCCUCAUCUUUCGGCCCUGCCUGGCUCUUCCGCGGCUAUGGGCGAAGGAAAGCACAGGCCUGCCGAGAACUCUGCGAGACCAGCUGGGGAUCGAGGCAAUGUAUGUGCUGGACGCACUGUCUUCGGUCCGCACCUUGAACAUAUUCUUCUUGAAGCUGGGCAAAUGCCUGCUUUUGCGGAUUCUCACUCGAGUUCCGUUUCGGACUUGA